UUGGGUUUCACAUGUUGAAAUUUGUCGUCUGUUUUGAAAUGGUGUUUACAAAAUUUGUGAAAGAGGAAUGUUCUUUACGAGGGUCAUGAGAUGAGGAGAACUUCACCCAGAACCCCUGGGGUAGCUUUUACGCUACAGGUGGGGUUUUAUUUCGCUUACUACCUCCUGUUGCUGCCACUCACUUCAUCACUCAACAACAGUACUGCAUAUUUCAACUCAACCUUCAACUCCUCUCUCACCAUAAACAACAACAUACUCACCUUCCCUAGUAAUGCCUUUCAGAAGGCUUUCUCCUUCAAGACUUGUUACAAUGGGCAGCUACUUUACCAGAGGGGCCAGUCAGGGGACUUUUUUAGUAUACAAUUAAUUAAUGGAAGUUUAGAUAUUCGGUGGAAGUCAGGUACUAGUCAAAUAUCUGUGACAGCUAACACAAGGCUCAAUAAUAAUGCAUGGUAUCUCCUUGAUCUGAGAAACACACUUGGUGUAGUGACUUUGGAAAUCUUAAAGGGAAGUCGGAUAGAACACAGGAUAUUUUUGGCUAAUUCAACUUACCAAUCCAGUUUGUUCACCAUUGACUUGACUGGACACGAGGGGUUGGUGAUUGGGAGGGACUUCACAGGGUGUGUGCUGGAGGGUCCCGGGGUGACCUUCAAGGAUAACAGCAAUGUCAGGGCCGUAGGUGUGCUAUGGAGCCUGAACACCUGUCCACUAGAUGGCAUCACCUGUAAUAGUGAUGAGGUGUCUCGGUUCUGCUAUAGUUACCCCUGUCAACAUGACGGCACCUGUCUGGAGAAAGCUGGCGGUUAUACAUGUCAGUGUGCUCACCUCUACAAUGGAACCAAUUGUGAAAAUGAUCUGAGUGUAUAUGGAUGUAGUGUGAGUCCAUGUCUUCAUGGCGGUACCUGUUUAAGUCAGACCUCUGGAGUAAGGAGUUACAGAUGUCAGUGUAUACAAGGAUACACUGGAACCAAUUGUGAGAAAGAUAUAGAUGAAUGUGCACCGAAUCCCUGUGGGGAUGGAGAAUGCAUUGAUGGCAUAAAUUCCUACUCUUGUAACUGUACUGGUACAGGUUUUUCUGGAAGUAGAUGUAAUAUUGAUGUAGAAGAAUGUCAGCUGACCCCAGACUUAUGUGGUAAUGGCACAUGUUAUAAUUUUCCUGGAUCAUACCGAUGUGAUUGCCCAGCUGGAUAUGAGGGAGAGAAAUGUUUAACUAACACAGAUGACUGUGCUUCUACUCCGUGUAUGAAUGGUGGGACUUGUCGGGAUGAAGUGGGUGACUACACCUGCAACUGUGUGCAGGGAUUUCAGGGGAAGCAGUGUGAAGUCAAUUUUGACAACUGUCUCGGUGUCAACUGUACUGGAGCCAAUCAAAUCUGUCAGGAUCGUACCAACUCUUAUGCUUGUAUCUGCAAACCAGGCUUCACAGAUAAUUCUGGCAGUUGUGUAGACAUUGAUGAGUGUACUUCCUCGCCCUGUCGUAAUGGAGCGACGUGUUUGAACUUAGAGAAUGAGUAUCGGUGUGUUUGUGUGGCUGGAUAUACAGGUGUAAAGUGUGAUGCCAACAUCGAUGAGUGUUCUCCUCAGCCAUGUCAAAACGGUGCUACGUGUGAAGACAAAGUGAAUGACUACCUUUGUCAUUGUUCACCAGGCUUUACAGACAAAAACUGUUCCACAAACAUAAAUGAAUGUAACAAUAAUCCCUGUAAAAAUGGAGCCACCUGUUCUGAUCAGAUAAAUGACUACAAAUGUCACUGUGUAGCGGGUUGGACCGGUAAGACUUGUGAGGUGGACAUUGAUGAAUGUGUCUCGCAGCCUUGUAAGAACGGAGGGACGUGCACUGAUUAUCUUAAUUACUACAACUGUAGCUGUAUGGGGGGCUGGACAGGGAAACAGUGUACUGUAGAUAUCAAUGAAUGUUACAGCCAGCCAUGUCAACAUGGAGCGACCUGUCACAAUCUCCAGAAUGCUUAUAACUGUACAUGUGCCCCGGGAUUCACUGGAUCUAACUGUCAGACUGAUAUUAAUGAGUGUGAACCAAAUCCGUGUCAAAAUGGGGGCACCUGCCAAGACAGAGUAAAUGGGUAUGAGUGCAUUUGCACUUCAACAUACAUGGGUAAGAACUGCUCACAUCUGUAUGAUGCUUGCUUCUUCAAGCCCUGUCUGAAUGGUGCCACUUGUAGCUCAGUGCUGGGGUCACAUGACUAUAACUGCACAUGUGCGACAGGCUUCAUGGAUAAGAACUGUUCCACAAAUAUUGAUGAUUGUGAGGGGUCACCUUGUACGCUGCCAUUUGUGUGCUAUGAUCUGAUUAACAAUUACCGAUGUGCUUGUCCUAUAGGAAAAGAAGGCAAUGACUGCGGACAAGACAUAGAUGAAUGCCUUUCCUCUCCUUGUAAGAACGGAGGAACUUGUCAUAAUGAGUUAGGACGGUACCGUUGUGAAUGUCCACAGGUCCUUGUCAAUUUAACCAAAUAUGGUCAAGGCCAGAAGCUGGAGUUUUUGUCUGGUUUUACUGGUGUAAACUGUGAACUAGACAUUGAUGAGUGUAAUUACUCAUCCCCUGCUAUCUGUCUUCACAAUGGCUCCUGUACCAACACACAUGGAGACUAUAACUGUUUGUGUGGACCUGUUUAUGAUGGAGUUUAUGCCACAGGUAAUAAUUGUGAGCUGUCUACUUCCUACUGUGAGUCAGCUGAUGAGGUAAAGGGAGACCCUCCUGCCUGUCACAAUGGGGGCACCUGCCUCCCUGAUGCUGAGAGCUUUACAUGUAGCUGUGCUGCAGGAUUCACAGAUCGAAGAUGUAAAACUAACAUAGAUGAAUGUGAGUCGUCUCCUUGCCAGUAUGGGGGCACGUGUAUUGAUGGAAUAGCUCGCUAUGAGUGUCAAUGUAUCCCAGGAAUCACAGGUCCCAACUGCGAGACAGAUAUAGAUGAAUGCCAGUCCAAUCCUUGUCUGAACAGCGGUGUCUGUAUUGACCAUAUCAAUGGACUGGAUGGUUUUGACCCUAGCACUUUACCUCCCGACUCUACUGGGUAUGAUUGUAACUGCACAGACACAGGAUUUAAUGGAACAAACUGUGAGCUGAACAUUGAUGACUGUGCCUCCAAUCCAUGUCAGAAUGAUGCUACGUGUUCUGACCUCAUCAAGGAUUACAAUUGUACCUGCCACAAUGGGUACCUAGGAAAGAACUGCAAGAAUGACAUCAAUGAAUGUGAGUCCAGUCCUUGUCAGUACAAUGGCACCUGUCUAGAGAGAUCUAAACCUUCUACCUUUCAACAGGUUCCUAGUCUAGGAGAUUUCUCCUAUGCUAAUGCUGCUGGGUACUACUGCCAGUGUAUUCCUGGAAUAACAGGUCUAAAUUGUGAAACAAACAUUGAUGAAUGUGUAAACAACACGUGUGAGCAUGGAUCUACUUGUCUUGAUCGGAUAAAUUACUACGACUGUGAGUGUGCACCUGGAUACAGAGGAACAAGGUGUGAAAUUGAAAUUGAUGAGUGUGUGGAAUUAACACCUUGUCAAAAUGGAGCCACUUGUAUUGACAAGGUAGCAGCUUAUGAAUGUAGGUGUGCACGUGGGUACAGGGGUGAGAGGUGUGAAAUAGAAAUCGACGAGUGUAAAGAAUAUAUGCCUUGUCAGAAUGGUGCUUCUUGUAUUGAUAUGGUGGCGGAUUACAACUGCCAGUGUGCUGCAGAGCCGGACUCCAGUGACCAGGUUUUUGCUGGAAAAAACUGUACGGUAGAGUUACGAGCUUGUAAAGAUGGUGGGAACACUGUCUGUAAAAAUGGAGCUACUUGUGUUCCGUAUCUUAAGUCGGAAUUACCUUCAGUUCAGGAGGACUUCUACUGUAAAUGUGCUCCAGGAUUCACAGGGAAAGAAUGCACAAUCGAAACAACCUUUUCUUUUAAUGGACACUCUUCUUCAGUUGAGCGCAUCUUAGAUCAAAUUGGAAACAUCACUGUGGAGUUCAGUUUUAGAACCACUUUAUCAAAUGCCAUAUUAAUAAUGUGGAGUGGAGAAUAUUAUUCUACCAAAAUAUUUUUGCAUAUUGAAAUUUUUGAGGGAUUGAUAUACAUGGGGUAUAUACCAUAUGGAACUGCAAUAACAUCUGCAUAUCUUCCUAUUCCGGUUAAAGUCAAUGAUGGAAAUUGGCAUAGCAUAUCUCUUUACCAACUUAAUGCAACAGACACAGAUGACAAGGGACAAAUUUCUUUUAGAUUAAACAGCCCACAUUGUGUCAACAAUCUGACUCUUUGUGAAAAAGUAGUCUAUUAUCGCCAUGUAGCAAAUUCAUUUCCAAGGAAAGAGCUUUUCUUUGGAAAUACUGGCCAUGUCACCAGAACGUCAAAUACCAAGUCACAAGUAGCCUUCAAAGGGUGCAUGCAAGACAUGACUGUGAAUGACAAUGUUGUCUUAGAUGAACAGAAUGAUAGUAAUUAUGCUCUAAACUUAAGGCAAGGUUGUGACAGAAAAGUACAGUGUAAAUCCGACACCUGCAGUAACCGUGGAACCUGUACAGAUCUGUGGGAUGAUUUCUUCUGUAAAUGUAACCGUCGUUACCUUGGAAAAAGAUGUGAUGAAGUGUAUAUUCCUGCUACUUUUGCCAAGGACAACACACAAAUUAGCUUUACCACUUUUAGUAUUCCUCAAGAUAAGAAAGAUGAUUUUAGAAAUGUUGUAGAAUCGACCAUGUUUAUCCGAACUCGUGAGUCAAGCGGACUCAUUAUGUAUCUGGGCAAUGACAACUCAACCUUUCUGACCCUAGAAAUCUACCAGGGGAAACUGGCCAGUCGACUCAUGUUGUGUGAAUCUCAGACAGUUCAGUUCAUUGUGGACAAUGACACAUUGAUUAAUGAUGGCCAGCAGCAUUUUGUAGGUGUCAGAUUUCUUAAAGGGCAGAAAUUUCAGCUCUUCAGAAAUGGAAAUCCUGUCCAGUCACAGAUCGUUCAGUCUACAGGAAAUUGUAACUUUGAUGCAAAAUACCUGAUCUUUGGCGGGGAAAUUCCUCAAUACUUGAAACAGUCAGGCCGUGUCAGAAGGGAGACAGAUGUUAUCACAGUGAAUGGACUCCAAAUCCCAAAACUGACUCAGCUAGAUAGCUAUAAAGGAACCAUUCAGGAUGCUGAAAUUAGUAAUAAUAAACUGGUUUUCUUCCCUGGAAAUACUUCAGUUGCUAGUAAUUUUUCAUUGACAAACAUCACUGGGGUAGUUCAAAAUGAAGUCACAGAUGAUGUUUGUACCUAUGAGUCUCCAUGUAUGCACAAUGGAACUUGUUCCAAUGUUUUCUACAAUGACUUCAGAUGUGACUGUCCUCGGGGAUUCAGGGGAAAGAACUGUAGCGAGAUUGAUUUCUGUGAUGAAGACUCCUGCCCUAAAACAGCCACCUGCCGAAGUCUUCGUAAUGGAUUCGAAUGUAUAUCUACGGCAUUAUUUGAUGCCUCAAGUCGUGUGGAGUACAUUCCAACAUUGAAUCCAGGUCGAAGAAUUAAGGAAAUAUCAAUCCAAAUGAGAUCCUUAGUCAAAAAUGGAUUGAUUCUCUUUGCCCAAAAUGGUCCCUACGUCCUUAAGAUCCGCAUUCGAGGAGGCAGGAUUCAGGUUUUGUAUCAUGUCAGGAACGGACAGACAGAAAUAGUGGACGUAGAUUAUGAUGUCAGUGAUAGGGAAUUCCACACAGUGACACUGAGAGAAAAUGUUGCAAAUAUGACACUCUCUGUGAAAGGCCCAAGUAGAAACAUCUCCAAAGACUUCACAUUUAACAGUGGACCUACCAUCAAUCUGACAGCAGUAUUUACCAAUGAGGAGAACAACAGAAAGCUUUCAUUAGGUUACUACCAAGGGGUCGGAGAAAACUUGUUUUACAAAGGCUGUCUGCGGGAAGUACGAAUUGGUGGAAUUCUGCUUCCAUUUUACACAAAAAAUGAGUUUACCAACUACAAUACAUCAAUUUACCUGGAGUACUUUGAAGCAUUGGAAGUGAAUGUGAACAAAUAUGGAUGUUCCAUUGCUGGGUCGUGUAACUAUAAUCAGUGUAAGCACUCCUCAGUAUGUCAGGAGGAUUAUUAUGGGUACACAUGUCAGUGCCCCUCUGGGUACAGUGGACACUGGUGUGAGAAAAAUGUGGAUGAUUGCGCAACACCUCCUACAUGUGGGAGAGGUGGGAAGUGUGUGGAUGGAGUCAAUGCCUUUACUUGCCAAUGUAGAAAUGGAUACAGUGGUACAAGGUGUCAGAACUACACAGACCCCUGUAAUCCUGACCCCUGCCUACACAGUGGGGUGUGUACAGACGAUGGGGGGACAGCUGUUUGUAACUGUACCAGUGGAUACAUAGGAAAUACCUGUGACACACCUAAUACACAGUCCUGUAAUGACAGUCCAUGUCAAAAUAAUGCAACAUGUAAUGUGGAAACUGGAAAACAGCCACCAUUCAGCUGCUCUUGUCCUGUGGAAUAUACAGGGUCUCUCUGUGAUGUGAAGAAGGACUUUUGUAGUGAUCUCCCUUGUUUAAAUGGGGGCACCUGUAGCAACAAUUAUGCAGGAAAUACUUACACAUGUUUAUGUGUCACAGGAUUUGAUGGCAAGAACUGUAGUAAUAACAUUGAUGACUGCAGAUCAGAACCUUGUCAGAACAAUGGUACCUGUGUCGACCUUAUAAAUGACCAUAUUUGUAACUGUACUGACGGUUGGGAUGGCCACUCCUGUAACCAAGACAUCAAUGAAUGUGAAAACCAGCCCUGUCAGAGAGGACAUUGUGUUAACACAAUGGGAAGCUACUACUGUAACUGUUCAGGUGAUGGGAUUGGAUACACAGGCCCAGACUGUGGGGAGGACUAUGAUGAGUGUACUGCAGAGAGCCCCUGUGCCAAUGGAGCGACCUGUCUGAACUAUGAUGGAGGAUACAAUUGUAGCUGUACAGAGGGUUAUAAGGGAGAGAACUGUACUGUCGUGGACUGUGACAGUGUUUCCUGUCAAAAUGGGGGCCUGUGUAAACCCCGGCCUCCACUCAACAACACAUGGAUGUGUGAAUGUCCUCUCUAUGUCCAUGGUGUUAAAUGUGAAACAUUAGGACCUUGUUACUUAAGACCAUGUCAUGAGAAUAACACUGAAUAUUCCUGUAGAGAGAUUGGAAAUCUGACAGAUUAUACCUGUCCAUGUAAAAAAGAGUGGCAGGGUAAGAACUGUACGGAGGAUGUUGAUGAGUGCUCCAGCUCUGCCCCACCCUGUUCCCCCACCCAGAGCUAUAACUGUACCAAUGUCCAGGGAGAUUACCUCUGCUUCUGUCACCCAGGCUACACUGACAAAAAUUGCUACACUGAUAUAGAUGAAUGUGAGACUGUCACAUGUGAAAACGGGGGCACCUGCAUAAAUGAAAUCAACGCUUACACCUGUAACUGUUCACCUGGUUGGACCAACACAAGCAACUGCAUGGAGGACAUAAAUGAAUGUCUGCCAGAGCCUUGCAUGAAUGAAGCUACGUGUGUGAAUACAGCUGGAAGCUUCCACUGUAAAUGUCAGGCAGGCUACAUAGGAGAGUUCUGUAAUACCAAGGACCCAGAUUUCAGGAAGAUAACUCAGGAAGACAACAUCUGGAUUAUUGUGGGGCCGGUGGUGGCGGGGUGUCUAUUAUUAGUAAUUAUAGGUGUGGUAAUAUUUUUGAAAAUGGCUCGUAAAAAGCGACGAACAAGAGGAACAUACAAUCCAAGUCGACAAGAGAUGAAUGGCUCUAAACUGGAACUUGGUCGUGUAUUAAAACCCCCUCCCGAGGAGAGGUUAAUUUAGUUGUUAAUAAAUGGACAUCUGUGAGGAAUAUUUCAAUAAACAUAAAGUGAGGAGAAGUUAAGAGUUUAAUUGUGGAGAUAUCUACUCAGAAGAUUGGUAAGGGAGGUAACUCAAGUGAAUUAUUGACUCCCAUCAACAGACUUGGUCAAUAUGGCCAUUUUUUUUACUCUGCCAAAGAUGAAUAAUGAUCAAACAGAAAUCAAAACCAAAUACUGGAACUAUGCAAUCCUAUACUGCUAGGACGAGGGAUAUAAAUUAUCCUCUCAAGCAAUUUUAGGUUUUGGCCAUUUUAGGCCAUCUUUGUGGUGUGUAUGAAGAAACAUGGUUGUGUACAUGUGAAUAUUAAAAUGCAAUGAAUGCAUGCAUUCCAUUCAUUAAGUGCUAGUAAUCAUAAAGUUUUAUGUGAGUUAUUCUCUACGUAAUGGCACAGAACUGUAGCCAUUCACACACAUUGUAUAUCUCAGGAAUGUUUGCAAUAACUGUCAUUUUCUUAGCCUGAACCUUCUGUAUGUGUUUUUGUUCUUUUGAAUGUUGUGAGAUUUUGAAGGUUAAUGUCAGUCAUGCAAUAUAUUUAAUUAUUGCGGUCAUUUUUGUAAGAAAUUCAUAGAAGUCACAAUGCAUGAAAAUUGGAUUCCUGCCUUGAUUAGACACGCUAGGCUUGUUUAGCUAUCAUCCAUCUGUAGGCCAUGAUAUCACCAUGUAUCGUCAUCUCUAUUGUUUUAUAUAUUGAUAUGUCCUGUUCUGUGAUAUUGGCCAAUAUUAAGACUUUUCAGUUAACAUAGGUCUCAUUAUCAUGUUGUGGAGUGGUUGUGAUAUCAUCAUUUGAUACUGCAUGUUCAGUGUUAAAACUAUAUACCUAUGUUUUAAACUCAGAGAGUUUAAUUUUUCCAUGCCAUGAUUACAUCUUUUUAUUUCUUACUUUUAUUCCAACAUAUUUUGAGAGACUACCAAGAUGUUUUAAUGUAAAGGUUGCCUGUUGUAUGUGAGUUGUUAAUUUGGUGCUAUAUAUAUUCACUGGACAAGUUUUGUUUCUCUUUUUAACCCAUAUUUCAUGGACUGUUUAGUUGAAUUUAGUCAGUAUUGUGUAUGUGACGCUCCACAUGCCAGUAAACAGGUUUAUAAUUAUUUUGUGAAAUACUUGAAGAAACCAUGGAUUCUGCAGUACUAACUUUAUAGUGAAAAUGGAUAUAUAAAUUUGUUUGUGUCAUGGAAAGAGACACAUCAGGUUUUAGUAUGCAGAACAUGGUUAAUUUUAAGAAAUGCAUCUGUAAAACUCAUUUCAUAUUAUUAAUACUCAUUUAAGCAAUAAUACACGUAGAAUAAUUUUUUGGAAACUGUGCUGAUAAAACUCUCUUGGUGAAAAUCUUAAUUUAUAGUUACCAUUUGUGAAGAUUAAGCUUGUGAACUGUCCAUCUGACAAUCAUUUUGGUUCCCGUCUACAGUUCUUAGGCCAAAAGUUUAUUCUGUUUUUGCUUUUGUAACACAUUUUGGUAUUUGAUCUAAGAAAGGUUGCUUACUACAAAUACAUUCCAGUUUUUAUUACUGAAGCUUUUUGAAGAUAUUUUUUAUGCAUACAUAUCUGAAAUAUAUAUCUAGGUUGUGACUGGUCUCCCUGUUAUUAAAAUUCAGUUCAGUAAUGUUGAAUCAUGAACAAAAUUUUCAAACUUUUGAAUCUAUAGCCUAGUUUGGGUUAUUUUUACUAUUAAAAUAAGUGUGAUUUUUGACUGUGAGCAUGAAGAAAUUGUAUAUAUUUGAAAACAUUAUCAUAUAUAGUGUAUAUUUUUAUAUUAUAUGUAUUUAACAUUUUUUCUGUUAAUCAUACAUAAUACAUUUUUAUCCAGAAAGAGGGAAAUGAGAUUAUCACCGUUUUCAUGUCAUCAUUCUUCAUAUUUUCUGCCUAUUGUCAGUGUAACAUACAAACUUUAUAUUCUCUGCCUUUUGCCAUAGUAACAUCAUAUUUUCAUAUUCUUUGUCUACUGCCAUACCGCCAUUAUGACAUUAAAAUCUAAGUGAAGAUGCUACGCAAGAUGCCAUUCAUUAUCAUAAAUGUUGGCUUGAUCAUUGUCUAAAAUGGAGAAUUUUUUUUUACAAAAACCAAGAUAAGAAAGAUUGAGGUGUCAUUGUUUUACAAUGGCAUAGUGUAUGAUUAUAAAACUAGUCAGCAAUAUUUAAUUCAUUAUGAAAUAAAGUACAUUUAAUAUUG